AUGGAAAAACCAAUUGCUUCGUCCCAAAACAGACGCCGGCAAUGCUGGGAAUGCCAUCGCCGCCGACUAGUAUGCGACUUCUCACUACCGGGGUGCCGCAAAUGCUACACUGCUGGGGUCGAGUGUCCUGGCUACGACGACAAGAAGCCGCUCAAGUGGGUCACAACGGGUGAGGUGACAUCUCGACCGCGGAAGAAGAUAGUUCAACCGAGUACUGCCAAGCAGCAUGUGUCUGAAGGUACAAGUGACAGCCAAGACGAGUCUUGGAGUUUGAGCGUCCCUCGCGACCGACUGAUCACUGAGCCUGGAGCGAUCGUGGAGGCUGCAUAUUAUUCCGAAAAUCCGUUCAUUACUGCCUUUCCUAUGGAAAGUCUUCAAGCCAUCCCACCCCCGAUCCACUGCACGCUUGUCUCUCUAGCGCUGAGCCACCGAUUUUAUCGACUACUCCCCCGGAACAGCCGUAACGAUUUGCGAGGGAUCGAAGCCAAGCAUUACCAGCAUCGAGGCCAGGCUAUUCGGUACCUAAAGGAUGAGAUCGGCCGCCCAGACAAGUGUCGUACAGACAAAACGUUCGUCGGGGUGAUGAUGCUGCUGUUCAGUGAUGUGGGCACCAUGGAACAUGCGCUGACCAGGUCUAGUAUCGGAGUCAUCAGUAACACGACCAGUCCACCUUCCGACCACAUCUCUCUGGGCUCGGAUAUACGGUCGAUCGACGUAAUCUCUCAGAUGUACGCGGGCGGCUUCUUCCCUGUUCUUCUCUGUCCACCGGCACUUUUAGCAAAUAUCAUCCGGAUCAAUCAUCUCCGGCUGCAGGCCUUCUCGCAACCGUCCACCGAGUCCGAAGGAAAAGCUCUGGCGUUGCUAGGCCGGAUCACGGCCUUUUCGCCAGAGCAGUGGGCCAUGUCUUGCGCCGCCCCCGAAAUGGGAAUAAUCCUUGGCCAUGUUUACCGCUCCGCAGUGAUACUGUACUGCAUACUGUCUCUGCAGAGUCUCUGCGUCCUCCCGCGAACGGCACAGCUUAGAUCAAUGACAGUAACACACACAAAAGAGCUCUUCGAGUAUCUGAAGCAGGCCUGCGGGGCACCUGGGAUCGGAAAGUGCAUGCUCUGGCCGCUCGUUGUGGCCGCAGUGUGCGCUGGGGGAGAUUUGGGCAUGCAACAGUUUGUUAAUCGACAGCUCUCCGCUCUGGGAACAGAUAUCGGGACUCCCUUACCUCUUCUGGCGGCAGUUGUUUCCAGAAACUUCUGGGAGAGUAAGAGCAGAACCUGGGAUGCCUGUUUUGAGCGACCCUACUGUUUUGUUGUGUAG